CAUCCCAUUGCUGGCCAUCAUCAAAGAAAGACCAGUGUUCCUCCACAGGGAAACACAGGAUUAGUUGCUGUCAGUUUCACACCAAGAAAGCUGCCUGUUCUUCUGCUUUCAAGGGACAACUUCUGCUUCAACUUUUCAUCGGGACAUCAAGACUUUUUGGAAAUCAAUCAGCCUGUUGGGUUUCUAGUGCGAUGAUCUUACAAUGUGACGGACGGCUGUUGGGAGUCACGUAGAAAGGUAGCGGCUCAGUGGUAUUUCAAAACUCAAGGAUACUUUGGGACUUGUCUCACUCCAUUUAAUUGAAAAUGCAGUUUUGACACAUUCAGUAAAUGGGAAAACUUGUGGCGUGACUGCGACAGACCAUGCAUGUGAUCGAAGCUUUGGUGUCUUGUGGAGUUCAGGGGAAUCUUAAUCCUUACGGCAUCCCGCUGAGGUUUAUUCUGCAAUGACGGAGGAGUGGCAACAAGUGUGAUGAUCUCAUGCCACCCUUUGACCUCUGUAGCCUCUGUUGACCCUGUGGAAACCCAUCGUAGAUGUAAACUGAUUUAAGUCAAGAACCUAGCAGGUUUCAAUCGUCUGGGCAGAAUGAGGUGCCAUGUUGCGGAGGGUUGAUGGACAUAAACUCUAGGUGCUCCUGGAGUUGUCCUGGAACCCCACAGAAAUUGUAUGUAUGUGGAGACUGGGGAGUAUUUAAAUGGUGGUAAUAACGGAGGGCCAAAGAGAAGGUUCAAAGGUUCAAGAGAAUGGAGUGGCGAGAGGAGUUGCUGUCAGCGAGACUGAGUUUAGAAACAGUACAGUGGCUAUGGAUGCGCCCGUCAUCACCACGGUUGAUGAAGAUGGGAAAGAGUGUGAGGUGUCAGAAGAGGAGAAUGAUGAAGAGAGUGAAGUUGAUUACACGAGGAACUACUGGGAGGAUGAGGACGAUAUCUACCAGGAGUUUGAGGAGUUGGAUUUCGAGUCCCUGCCGGAUCGCUCGGACACCCGGAGCAUCGCCUCGGAUGAUUCCUUCUACCCUCCAGACAGCUCGGUCACUUCUUUUAUCAUGUACCGCUCGCCGAGCCCUGACAGCCCCGAGCCCAUCUCCUUUUUCAAGGCCUGCAGCAACAACAACGCCAUCAUUGUCAAAAUAAUGAUCAGACAGGGAGUGACCGAAGAGGAAGUGAAGGAGACGGACAGGAACAGAAGAUCUGGCCUCAUUAUGGCGUGUUACCAUGGCUACAUAGACGUGGUCAUCGCACUGUCUCAGUGUCCAUACCUGGAUGUUAACUGGCAGGACAACGAGGGAAACACGGCUCUAAUUACCGCAGCACAAGCAGGUCAUCUGUUCAUCUCCAACUAUCUGCUGAACUACUUCCCUGGUCUGGACAUCGAGAGGAGGAACUGUCACGGUUUCACAGCGUUGAUGAAGGCUGCCAUGCAGGGCCGAGCUGAGUGUGUCAGAGCACUAAUGCUGGCAGGAGGUGAUAUCCAGGCACGAGACUACAGCCGCAGAAUGACACCCAGAGAGUGGGCUCUCUUCACUGGUCGAUACGAAACGGCCGCCCUGAUGUAUCGAGUGAUGGCCAGACCUUGUGCUGAGCAGUUCUGUGACUCCUUCUCCCUGGAGUGGCCCAUGUUAGAGGAGCUGGUGGCCCAGGCCCGAGAGCCAAAGUCCUGCUGGAGGCGUUUGCUCAACUUCAUCUCCUGCUGCCCUUAUAGGUUUUACCUCAACAACAAGGUGAACCCUGUGGACGAUGGCGUUUUUGACCACAUGGUCCGGAUCACCACUAGUAUCUCCAGUCCCUUCAUCGCCACAGGUUGCCGUACGGUCUGUCCUGGCAGCCCGCCGUGCAUCGGGAAGCGGCGUCACGCCGUUCAGGAGAUCCUGAGGAGGCAGCGGGUGGCCGACCUGAAGCGCCUGGGCCCGGACAGACUGAACAACUACAAGAGAUUAUUCCAGAACUCACGGGUCCUUCUCAUCCCCAAGCCGAGGGAUCGGAGAGCCAGCCUCCAGCCUCAGCUGCUCAGCGAGGUGGCGGCGGCGUCCUCAGUGGCCAUAAGACGAGCCAGUCUCCUGCCACUCAACAUGCUGAGGAGAAGCAGCGUUCGGCCGGGACUCGUGGUGCCCAAAGUAAGGCUCUGCAAGGCUCCUACUCCGAACUUUAUACCGGAAAAACUCAGAAGGAGCAGCAACCAUAACAACCUCCAGAUCCCCAAGUGGGAUUACAAGAUGAAGAGAAUAGAGAGGAGGCAGGAGGAGGACAGGCAGAGACUGCUGCCUCUGACGAGGAGGAGGUGAGGGGAAGAAGACAAAGCAGCACGACAGGCUGCAGCUUCAAAAGGCUGCAGUGUGUCUAGCUGAAAAUCCCUCACAAAGCUCCCACUAUGCAGUGUUGCAGUCCUAGAAAAACUCUUCUUCUGAAUAGAACUGCUAAUUUUCACCUUGGUUUGUCUGAUUUUGUUGCCUUGUUUCUACUUGAAUUCACACACUUCUUCUGUGAAGUGUACUUUGGGGAGCACAGGAAAAGAAAUAUCCACAUACAGUCCUAUGUUGGUGGUUGCUUACAAAAUAAAUGUUUCAAUGCUGGCAGCGUU